GUUUUCUCCGAGUAGCAAUGCACUAGGGUUUUCUCUGCUUGCAUACUCUUGCGACCUCUAUAUCCACGAGGGUUUUCUUUCUUACCAGUUCUGAAUUCAAUCUUCAUAUCUAAUCAUGGCGGAACAGACUGAGAAGGCGUUCCUGAAGCAGCCGAAGGUUUUCCUUGCCUCGAAGAAGUCAGGGAAAGGAAAGAGGCCAGGAAAAGGAGGCAACCGGUUCUGGAAGAGCAUUGGUUUGGGAUUCAAGACACCAAGAGAGGCAAUUGAAGGCGCUUAUAUUGACAAAAAGUGCCCUUUCACUGGCACUGUUUCCAUCAGGGGUCGCAUUCUAGCUGGUACUUGCCACAGUGCAAAGAUGGGAAGGACCAUCACUGUCCGACGCAACUAUCUUCAUUUUGUUAAGAAAUACCAGAGAUAUGAGAAGAGGCAUUCUAAUAUUCCAGCGCAUAUAUCACCAUGCUUCCGUGUUAAGGAGGGGGAUCAUGUUAUUAUUGGCCAGUGCAGGCCUUUGUCGAAGACAGUCAGGUUUAAUGUGUUGAAAGUGAUACCUGCGGGGUCAUCUAGUGGGGGUAAGAAGGCAUUUACUGGGAUGUGAACUUUAGAUCUUUUAUUCCAGAAACCUUUGAAUAUUGCUAAAAGUUCUUACGAAAUGUUAUUUAAUUUUUCCUCUUCAUAAUGAAUAGUUUCUUUUCAUGGAAUGUUUUGUAUUUGGAAAAAUUUGCCACUUUGUUCUUCAAUGGUUACAAGUGCUUUGUUCAGUGCUUUGUAUCUUUA